AUGGCGAAGCGCAAUGGUACCGAUCCUCUCUACGGCUGGACGUUCCACCAAUCCCACGAUCAGGCCACCGUCCUGUUUCUGGUACCGCAGGCAGUUCCUACCAGCGACCUCGACAUCCGCAUAGCCAGCGAUCACGUCUUUGCGGCUCUACCCAACCAUCCACCCAUCCUCCAUGCCAAGCUCUACGGUCGCGUCAAUACCGAGACCUCGACAUGGAGAAUUGCAGAUCGAGAUCGAGCUCGCAAGCGAAGGAGUCGCUCCUUCGCACGUUCCACGCGGGCCACCACGAGCCCUUCUGGCUCGGGCUCGACCGAAGCCUCGGAUGCACACCGUUCGCAAGCACGGCCACACCAAUCCAACGACGCGAGAUCGUCCGAGACUGUCUCUUCCGGCUCACACGUUCGUAUCGAUUCGUCACCAGCGUCCACCUCCAGCAUGUCGGCUUCCCUCGUUUCGCUGCACUCGGGCUCCAGCUACGAGGUCUUAUCCCACUCCCUCCCCUCCUUGCCUCCGCAAAGUUCGGCUGCGCCUUCGACUCGAUGGUCCAGCGGAUCAAGCGAUCGAGGCUCUUCAGACUCGGCCGAUGCCAGUCUCGAUCAGAGCAUCGUACUGUCCGAUCCUGGCGAUCUUCGUCGUGGAAGCAAAGGAGGCGCUCCACCGGCCCAGUCUGAAGCCCAUUCGGAGCUGAGAAGGUCGCAAUCGAUUUCCGAUCUGGCUUCUGCUGCUUCCGUGGCACCGAGCUCGCCGGUAGAGCCACCACAAUCGCCGCAAACCUCGCCCCUGAAUGCAACGCCCGAGGUCCGUCUAAUCACACUUCAUCUCGACAAGGUGGAUACGGGCAUCUGGCCCUUGCUGGUCAUCGGUCCCGCACCUUUGCAAAAUGCAGCUGUCUCCGCACACUUGUUCCGACUUUUGCAGGCGGAGCUGCCUCGUAACGGGUGUAUCACCGAGUCGUUCAUUCGCGAUCGCAUCCUUCACCGUCGCGAUAUCCAACGCGAGCAACAGCAGCGCAGCGCCGCCCAGCUUCAACUCAACCAGGCGCUCGAGGAGGCACUCAGAGGCUUUGAAGGAGGCGAUCGCGUGUUAGCUGCCAUCCGUAGCGGAAGCGACCCCUCAUCACUUUUGUCGAGCUCGCUCGCCCAUCUCGAGGAGGCUUCAAGGACGAGCAUAGAUAGUGACGAGGACUACGGGCCGAACACGAGCACGCUCAGCAUCAACACCAUUGGCAGUGACGAGAGCGCCACUGUCCUCGGCAGUCGAGUCGCGAGUCUCUCAGGAACAUCAAUGGGUCUCUAUCACGCGCACAUCGGCGCAUCCAACGCCGCGCAGACCGAAACGGAACGCCAAGAAGGCGACGAGGUUGUCGAGGCAUGGAAGGAGCUCGAGGUGCAAGCAAGAUACAAUAUGGACCCUACGACACUUUCGCUGAUUGGCUUGCAAAUUGCGAACGGCUACACGGCGGAAAGACCGACGAGCGUGGCAGUUCAGCGAGUCAGUAAUCCGCCUUCAGGUAUUCCCGAUGCCUUUGAGUAUUUUGCCCGAGCCUGGAGAGCCGCAGAUGUCAGUCUGGCGACUGAACGCCUCGUACAGGACUUUCUACCCUUGCUCCCCUCCGCGACCUUCGGCGCAGCAGCUCAAGACAAGACGGCUCGACAAUUUCGACUUGCCAAUGCAGUGGACGCGGCAUCCGAAUGUGAGAAAGCUGCGAUACCGCCGACGGCUGACGUGAUCGCAGAUUCCCUGCGUGAACUGCUGCAAUCUCAUUCGUACCUGUCGCAUCGACAACGACUCGUCGCGUCGCUUGGCGGACCAAAGGCGCUCGCACGACUUUACGUCUCGUACGCAAGGCUGCAUCUUCCGUCCCUCGCAUCCAAUCGCUCACCCUUGGCAUUCCCCUAUGGUCAAUUGACAAGCCCUUUCGUCGGUGGUGGUCACGGGGCGAUGCUAACAUCAGCAACUUCCCGGAGAAUAUCGGGCCGAAAGCCAACCUCGCCGACAUCAAGCCGCACUCCCAGCAUAGCUUCCUUGUCCUUCGGCGGUGCCGAAGGCGAUGCAGCGUCCCCGGCGAAGGGCACUCGAGCUCCCAACUCCCCCACUGUAGCCGAUACGAGCAGGAUGGUAUCGCCAGACUAUGCGGCCCGUCAAGGCGGUUCUGAUUCCACCGAUUUCUCGGACUUUGUGAUUCAGACGAACCAUACUUCAGCUAGCCAACCGCCCGCCUUCUACUUUCUUCGCGAAGCUUGUCAACUAGAUGGCGAUGUGCAAGCUCAGAUCAGCGCAGACGAAUGGCGCGAAGCUCUUGCACUGGCCGUCGAACACGAAGCUCAUCGUCAAGCAGAACGCGAAGCGCUUGCGCAGGCCGAAGAGAUGGGUAGUCUGGCUGGCGACAGCCAAAGUGGGGAGCUGGCCUUUGACAGCGACAGCGAAGCCGGGCGGCGUCGAGCGCAACGCCGUUCGAGGAUGCGUGCUGCUCAAUCCUCCGCCUCUUCAGCCAGCGCAAGGGGUGGACUGUUCAGCCUUGCUUGGCUCAAAGAUGCCGACGCGAGCGAUUUCGGUCGCAAGCGCAGCGGAAAGGCACCACGCAGAGCGGAGAAGAACAAGCGUCGCAAGGAUCGUGGCAAGGCCAGUCGAAGCCAGGAAGAGGCCGGAGUCAUCAACUUUGUCAGCGGAGCAGCUCUGCUCGGUGUUGCGCUGGCCGGCAGCGUUGCCGCUCUAGGCUGGUGGAGACGCACAUCGGCUGCUUUGAACUCGUCCGCAUAG